AAAGUGAAAAGAUAUUUACGCAGAAAAUUUGUUUAGAUUACUCGUAUACUAUAAAGAAUUGUUGAAAGCUAUUUUGUUGGUUUCACGGAAUAAGUAAGGAAUUCAAAUUCUGAAAAAGUAUGAUAGAAGUAUUUGAGCACCAGUCUUGAAGAACUAAGUAGUCGAAACCAGUCGUAAAUUAGAGGUGGAAAAAUGGAUCUCUUACAGAACAGUAGUUUCAGUGACGACACCAGCUGCCUGUUACCGCAAGUUACCGGGAAUAAGACACAUUUCAUCGCUGAGGGUUCGUUGUAUGGAGGUAUUCCAGAAAAUCUUACAAUCAAUGCCAUUGUUUGGGUGGUUUUGCUGAUACUGUUUGCUGUAUUGAGGAGAGUAGCCUGGGACUAUGGAAGAAUUGCACUUGUCAGCCGACAGGAAGAAAACCAGGAAUUAUCCCCUAGGGCCUCCGAAGAGAAUAAAUACAAUGUAUGGACGUCACUGUUUUAUGGAGAGCAUGAAGGGAACCGGCUACAUGGAUCCAUGGAGUCUCUGGAUUCACAGCUUCAUGCUCAAGAUAGGGGUUUCUGCUCAUGGAUUACGGCAUUCGUCAGAGUAAAGGAUUCUGACAUAGUGAAGAAAUGUGGCCAAGAUGCUUUACAGUAUAUCACAUUUCAACGUUAUAUUCUGCUGUAUGUGCUUGUUGUAUGUGUGCUGUCAACUGCCAUUAUAAUACCUGUCAACUUCACAGGCACUUACAUUGGAAAUGCCACUGACUUUGGACAUACAACAAUAGCUAACCUGGAUGCAAAGUCCAACCUCCUUUGGAUCCAUGCAAUCCUGGCUGUAGUGUUUCUGGUACUAGCUGUGAUAUUCAUGAGACAUUUCUCUGUAAAUCUCACAUUUGAUGAUGAUGAACAGGUCUCCAAAACCCUGAUGAUAGCCAACAUACCUACAGAUAAAUGCUACAGGAAUGUUAUCAUGCAGCAUUUUCAGGAGGGUUAUCCGGAGGUACAUGUACAGGACGUACAGUUUGCUUACGAUGUUGAACGUCUCAUGGAACUUGAUACUAAAAGAGCUGCAGCUAAAGAGGCCCGUAUGAACUCUGAAAUCGAGUUACAGAAAACUGGACAUCGUCCAACUGUUAAGCCUUACACCUGUGGUCAGUGUCUUUUCUGUGCAGAGUCCUGUGGUUGUGUUGAGUUGGAUGCUAUAACGUACUAUGGAGACGAGGAGAACAGACUGGCAGAAGAAUGUGAGAAGGAGAAAGUGAAUGCUUACAAGAGUUCUCUUGGUGUAGGUUUUGUUACAUUCGAGAAUGUAACUAUGGCAGAAAGAAUUAGGAAAGAUUUCGUACCAACAUGUAGCAACAUUUUAGAGACUAAGCAGUUUUACAGGAUAAUGAAUGACUUCCAGCCAUCAUGUAAAGCCUCCCAGAAUCCUCAGCCGUCUUCUAUACAUGUGGAGUUGAAUGUUGUUGAGUGGGAGGUUACAUAUGCCCCUUCACCAGAAAAUAUCUAUUGGCAGAAAUUAUCACUGUCUGGUUGGAAAUGGUGGCUAAAGGCAAUUCUAAUCAACAGUUUUGUAGUGAUCUUGUUGUUCUUCUUGACCACACCUUCUAUCAUCCUAACCAACUUGGAUAAACUAAGUUAUAAAGACUAUAUUGAUAAAACUCAUAGUGCAUUACUUGUACAGUUUCUACCCACCUUAUUACUGUGGACUUUCACAGCCCUUCUACCAAAUAUUGUUUACUGGUCAGAUCAGUAUGUUGGUCACUGGACUAGGAGCUCAGAGCAUCAUGCUGUCAUGCUGAAGACAUUUAUAUUUUUGUUACUUAUGGUUCUCAUCCUGCCAUCUCUUGGUUUAACCAGCGCCAAAGCACUGUUUGAUAUUUUUGUCCUGGAAAAAGGCAAGACCACAAAAUGGAAUUGUAUAUUCCUGGCGGGCAAUGGUGCAUUUUUCGUCAACUACGUGAUAACCUCAGCUUUUAUCGGCACCGCUUUAGAGUUAUUAAGAUUUUCCGAACUCUUCCUCUAUGGAAUAAAACUUCUAAUGGCCAAAUCAUCUGCUGAGAGAACUUCAGUUAGAAAGCAUGUGUUAUGGGAGUUCCAGUAUGGGAUGGAGUAUGCCUGGUUCCUGUGUGUGUUUGCCAUAUUGAUGUCAUACAGCCUGUCCUGUCCACUCAUUAUGCCAUUUGGUUUGGUGUACAUGAUAUUCAAGCAUAUAGUAGACAGAUAUAACAUUUACUUUGCCUACAAGCCUUCUCGGAUCAGUUCACACAUCCACUGGACCGCCAUCAACUUUGUUAUUGUUUCUGUCAUCUUUCUACAGUUUAAUUUUGUUUUCUUUUCGGUUUUGAGAGGAAGUUCAGAACAGCCUAUCUCCAUAUUCUCCAUUGUUGUGUUGUUUUUCACUCUCCUCCUCUUCUUUGGUCGGGUCUGCUUUGGGUGUUUCAGAUCAUCCAGUCCAUUCAAAGCCAAUAAAUACAAGCAAGUUGAUGAUCAGGCUCCUAACAGAAGUGAUUCAAACCAGCAAUUUGAUGAUCAGGCUCCUAACAGAAGUGAUUCAAACCAGCAAUUUGUUGCUAGUGUGCUGUCAGGGUCACAACCAAGACCAAAGUCAUCUGGGAUGUCAGCGACAGACACCCUGACACAGUCAUACGGUACCAUGGAUGCUACAAGGGAACCUCAUUCUUACGGUGCCAUGGAUACCACAAGGGAUGCUGGGAAUGAAACUAGGACACAAGAUGAUAGAGAUGAAAUCAUGCAGUACCAGCAGUGAUAUACACAGAUUUAAACAGACAAGGUUCUAUGGCCAAAAACAGAUAAAUAGUGUGUCUUUUGUCUCAUAUUUUAUUUUUGAGAUGAAAUUGCUAGUUUCCAAAAAUCAAUGUGUAUGCUUAAUUUUUCUGCACAGUCUAUGGCAUCAGCACUCAGAAAUUUAGUGUUUAACAUUUUGGUUAUUUGGAAAUGGCUUGCAAUGACUUUUAUAAAAAAGAAUAUAAGAUACUUCAGACCUAACACAAUUGAAAAGUGAAAAUAUAAGAUACUUCAGACCUAACACAAUUGAAAAGUGAAAACAGUAAUUUGCAACUUACAUUGUAAAAAGGAAUUUAAGUAUUUAAAUGCUGAAAGAAGCUAAAGCAUGUGGAUUUUAUGUUGUAUUGUGCAAUAAGACAGUGAUGUUAUGCGUAAGUGAAUAAAUUUUGCAUUGCUAGUAUUUUAUGAUUUCAUGUUAGAAAGUAUGAACAGAAAUAAAAUGUUCUCAGCUGGUCUGUGAGAUGUUGAACAAAUGGUUUUAUUUCACGGUGUUAAAUAUUUUUGUUACAAAAUAAAGAAUGAAUUCCCAUCUUAGGACUUUUCAGUGAUGCAGAAGUUACCAUUUACACAGUAAUGUAUAUAUUUACAGUCUUCUGUUAGUCAUGCAAGUACUUAUGUACUUAAAGUUACAAAAAGAUUUUGCUUUUAUACACAGUGUUCAUUGAGAAAUAAUUGCAUAGCAGACAAUAAUAUAACCACUGUAGAAUUGUUUAAUUUUAUGAGGGAAGAAUUUUACAGUUUGGGCCAAAUUGCUGUUUCAUUCGGAUAUUAAUUUUGGGAUUAAACUUAAAAGAAUUUUACUUUUUUAAAGACUACAUGUUUUGUAAUUUCUUGGAAUGACUCAACCACAAAAUCCACAAAAAUUAGUCCAUGAAAUAUUUAUGAUUACACGGUAUCAAAGAAUGAUUGUGAUGUACAUGUUGCUAAACUUGCUUUUUUCUGUAUGUGGCUUUUGCUGAUGAUCUCAAAUUGAGAUUUUUUACUGUUUAGGGAAACAAAUAUCAGGCUUCUUAUCUAAACAGAUCUCCAGCAAAUCUUGCUUUAAAUUGAAUAUGAAAUUAAAAAAAAACUGCUUUCACUUAAAACAGAUUUUCAAACGUAGGAAGUUUCACUGGUCUAGAGGUAAGAAUGUUUGUGAAAGGUGAGCUAAAGAUUCACACACCAGUAAGAAGACUCAAUUUAAUAUUUGUUUAACGGGGACUUGCAGUGAGAUGAAAAUUGAAAUAUUUUCUCCUUUCUUUUCAUACUUAGUCUAAUGUUUAAUGAUUUUAAACUUUCAAGGAGACAGAGUGGUAGGGAUUUUUGAUCGGAAUGUAACCUAGAUUGAUAUCAUUGUAGUCAUGUUAUGUAAUAGAAUGUGCAAUAUUAGAUGUAAGUUUGUAUAUAAUAUGUAUAAAAGAGCAUGCAUUAAAUUAUUGAGUAAAAUGUCAUGUUUCUAAUAUUUAAGAAUAUAGGCGUAAAAGUGAAAGUGAGCAAAAAAUGUUGUUAAUCAUACAUUUCAAUGUACAUAAUAUUAGACUGUAUAUAUAAAAAUAUUGAAUGAAAUGCUAUGUAUCUAAUGACACCUUGUGUGCGUUUCAGGACCGGUAGUUCUAAUUAAGACAGUAACACUUUCAGGUCUGCUUAUCUUAAUGGUUCUGAUUCCAGCAGGUAUAAAAGUUUUGAUUCCAUACCUUAUAUUUUUAAUCUCAUUGAAAAUUAGUUGUGUCCUGCUUUUGCACCACAAACCUGCACUGUGUUGGUGUACAGUUAGAUCCAAAUCAGUCAAUCAAAUCAUCAGGUCUAUAGAACAGUCCAUUUGUUCAUUUGUAUAUAGCAUGGAGUGCUAUUUUGAUAGUCAUGUUUCUUAUCAUCAUUUGGAUAACAAAUUUUCAUUAAAAAAAGGUAAUAUGUUUUCUGAGCUUGUUUGGUGUAAUGUAUGAAACAAUACAUAACACAAUGAUUUUCCUUUUUUUCAGUUAAAUCUUUCAGCAAAUCCAUGUAUUGUGUUUUUUUACCUUACCUGAGCAAUGCUCAGGUGAGUUUUUGUGAUUGCUCAAUGUCCGGCAUCUGUCGUCUGUCAACAUUUAGCUUGUGUAUGCGAUAGAGGCUGUAUUUUUCAACUGAUCUUCAUGAAAUUUUGUCAGAAUGAUUACCUUGAUGAAAUCUAGGCUAAGUUCGAAAAUGGGUCAUCUGGGGUUAAAAACUAGUUCACUAGGUCAAGUCAAAAAAAAACCUUGUGUAUGCGAUAGAGGCUGUAUUUUUCAAUUGAUCUUCACUAAUUUUGGCCAGAAUGAUCACCUUGAUGAAAUCUAGGCCAAGUUCGAAAAUAGGUCAUCUGGGAUCAAAAACUAGGUCACUACGUCAAAUCAAAGAAAAACCUUGUGUAUGCGAUAGAGGCAGUAUUUUUCAACUUAUCUUCAUGAAAUUUUGUCAGAAUGAUUAUCUUGUUAAAAUCUACGCCAGGUUUGAAAGUGGGUCAUAUCGGGUCAAAAACUAGAUCAGUAGUUCAAAUCAAACAAAAACCAUGUGUAUGCGAUAGAAGUUGUAUUUUUCAAUUGAUCUUCAUGAAUUUUGGCCAGAAUGAUCAACCUGUUGAAAUCUAGGCCAAGUUCAAAAUAUCUGGGGUAAAAAACUAGGACACUAGGUCAAAUUAAAUAAAAACUUUGUGUAUGCAAUAGAGGCUGUAUUUUUCAACUUAUCUUCAUGAAAUUUUGUCAGAAUGAUUACCUUGAUGAAAUUUAAGCCAUGUUCGAAAAUGGGUCAUCUGGGGUUAAAAACUAGGUCACUAGGUCAAAUAAAAUAAAACCUUGUGGAUGCGAUAGAAGUUGUUUUUUUCAAUAGAUCUUCAUGAAUUCUGGUCAGAAUGAUUGCUUUGAUGCAAUCUAUGUCAGGUUCGAAUAUGGGUCAUCUUGGGUCAAAAACUAGGUCACUAGGUCAUAUAUAUAAAAAAAGAGCUUGUGUAUGCAAUAGGGACUGCAUUUUACACCGAAUCUUCAUGAAAUUUGAUCAGAAUGAUUGUCUGGUGGAAAUCUAGGUCAAGUUUGAAUGUGGGUCAUCUGGUAUAAAAAACUAGGUCACCCAGUCUAAUUAAAGAAAAACUUUGUGUAUGCAAUAGGGGCUGCAUUUUACACUGGAUAUUCAUAAAAUUUGGUCAGAGUGAUAGCCUUGAUGAAAUCUAGGUCAAGGUCGAAUACAGGUUAUCUGGGGUCAAAAACUAGGUUACUAGUUCAAAUCAAAGAAAAACUUUGUGUAUGCGAUAAAGGCUGUAUUUUUCAACUGAUCUUCAUGAAAUUUGGUCAGAAUGAUAGCCUUGAUGAAAUCUGGGUCAAGUUCAAAAAUGGGUCAUCUGGGGUUAAAAACUAGGUCACUAGGUCAAAUCAAGGAAAAAUCUUGUGUAUGCAAUAGGGGCUGCAUUUUACAUUGCAUUUUCAUAAAAUUUAGUCAAAAUGGUUGCCUUGAUGAAAUCUAGGUCAAGUUUGAAUAUGGGUAAUCUGGGGUCAAAACUAGGUCACUAGGUCAAAUCAAAGAAAAACCUUGUGUAUGCAAAAGAGGCUGUAUUUUUCAUUUGAUCUUCAUGAAAUUUGGUCAGAAUGAUAGCCUUGAUGAAAUCUAGGUCAAGUUCAAAUAUUGGUCAUCUAGGGUCAAAUACUAGGUCACUAGGUCAAAUCAAAGAAAAUACUUGUUUACACUCAAGAUUUUUGUUCCAAUUUUAAUGAAAUUGGUCAGAAUAUUUGUUUCCAUGAAAUCACUAGGUCAAACAUGUUUACUCUGUUAUGGUGUGUUUCUCAGGUGAGCGACUUGGGGCCAUCUUGGCCCUCUUGUUUGUUCGAUGGCUUGAACUACUGAUAACUCUAAACAAAUUUUUCCAGUCCUGUCAAGUUUGAGUGAACAAAGUUUGACUGUAUAAACAGAAAUGGUAAAAUCUCCUAUUUGACUGUAGCAAAUAUUGAAGUCCCCACAAAUUGCUUUCUCCUUUAAUUACAAAUUCAGAUAAUACAAUACAAUUCACAUAUUUAUUGCUGUACAUUUUGUAGUUUUAUUACAAAGUUUUAGCAGUUUAAAAAUGACAGAGGAUAAAAUGAUUUACAUUGAUAGAAUACAUGACAGAUAAGCCAAAAAGUUUAACCACAAGUAAAGAGACUGUUUUAAUACUUGUUCAAAAGGGACUUGCAGUGGGGUAAAAUUGAUGUAAGUUUGUAUUUAAUAUGUAUAAAAGCUUGUCUGCUUAAAAAUAUUGAAUUAAAUGCCAUGCUUCUAAUGAUAAUGAGUAUAGGAGUAAAAGUGGAAGUGAGCAAAACUGUUGUUUAUCAUAUGUGUAAAUGUACAUGUUGAUAGACUGUUUUAGAAAGAAAUGAACAUUUAUGUAUAUUCUUUCUAUCACAAAAUAUAUUUUUACAGUUUUCAGUAGUGUUAGUAAGUUACUGUAUGUUGUUUUUUGUCUUUCAUUCAACUUUCACAAUGCUUUCUUGUGAUAUUUGUGAUUUACUAACAAAAGUGGCAUGUUUGAUCUUGACAAAACCACUCAAGGACAAAGUACCUACCGCUGUUUUUACUAAGUAGAUAGUUACCUUUCUGAGGCUUAAAUUUAUCUUUUUGACUCCAUCUCAGAGGCUUCUUCAGGACUAUGAUGUCACGUGACUACCAUGAUUUCAAUUGCUUAUUUGAUCUUCUGUCUCAUGUGUUAUCUUCCUUGGCCACCACCCAGAUACUAGCCCAUGAAGAAAACUCGAGAUGUGAGUCGAAAGUCUCGACAAAAAGAUUAAUUUAAACCUCAGAAAUUUAACUAUUUAUUUUGGAAUCAUCAUGGCAGAAGCAGGAGUCAACCUCUAUUCUACGUUAUUUUUACGGGUACGACAAAAUUAACAGCAUAUUAUCCAUAAUUUAUGGGGGAAAAUAAUACGAAAUUACUUUUCUGGGUUUCAGUGUCAGCGACUGUUUUUAAAGCUUUUCUAUGGAAAUAUUUUAAUAUUAGAAAAGAAGAUAAUAACAAAUUUAUUAAAGGGGACUUAUGCUACCAGUAAUUCAAAAUUCAGCAAAUGGGGUUUUGUCCGGGAGAGGUUCUGUCCUACACUUGUGAGUUAAAAUGUAUAAAAGGAAAUUUGUCUAGCUUUUUGAAAUUUACUGGUUGAAUGCCGUCAUUCAUUUUAAACAGAAGUGAAAUGGCCUGAAAGUUUGAUAAAUUUUAAAAUUGCCCAAGCAUGGUAACCAGUUUUAGUAACAAUUCAGAGGUACAAUAGUAAUGACUUCCAGCUUUAGUAUGAUUUAGAGGUACAGUAAGAUCUUUUCAGAUAGCUAGACUGUAGCUUGCUUUGUUCUUUGAAAGAAAUGGAAGUGACAGUUUUCUUUUUCGCCUCAUUGAAUACUUCUUCAUUUGUUUCUUUCUGUGCCAUUGAACUCUUAUGGCAGCGUGGCAGAAACUUUCCGCUUUAGAAUACCUGUUUCUAUUGAUGGCCUUUCAAUAUUGGCGACCUUCGACCUUCGUUACUAACUUCAUAGGAUGAAGAGGUCAAAGGUUACGGUUACAUUGACAUUAAAACUAAAGGCAGAAUCAUAGAGGACAUAAGUCUGGUUGUAAUUUCCUUAACUGCCGUUUGCAAAUUUGUUCUGGAAAUGGCUGUAGAAAUAUUGGAAGAUUCAAAAUCUUCCACAUUUUUCUACCUUGUUAUGGUUUAAUACUUGUCUGUUUGCAGCCUGAAAUUAGCAUUUUAGUUUGAAGACCAAAUCAGUGUUUGUUGGAUUAUUUUGGAAUUUGUAUCAAAACCAAGAAAUUGCAACAUUUUAUUUAUUUAUUAAAAUUGUAUAAGAAUAUUUUCUUCAUGUAUAUAGGAAAUGCAUACUAGAAACUGCCAUCACUUCUUUAUAUUGAAUUCUUGAGAGAACCUAUAGAACUUACUGCUGUUGAACUUGUCCCUGUGCUUUUUAACAGUUUUGAGACCAGUCUCACAAUUCUAGUUUGCCAUUGGUCAAAUUUAAAAAUAUGCUCAGAAACAACCACUCAGAUGUCAGAGUUUGAGACUGGUCUCCAAGUCUCAGUUUUAUAGCCUUGGACCUUUCUUUCAAAUUAUUUUUACUUUCUUAUUCUAUCACUAUUGCUAUAAUGUUUCUUUCCACAUUGUUGUUGUUACAUGUUAUAAAUUUGAUAUAUAUGCUGUUGAUAUCUUGAAUUUUACUUUAAUAUUUUUUG